AUGGCUAAGCUACGUACCACUAUAUCUAUAUCGCCUGAUGGUAUCAUUGUUCGAUUGGGAGAACGACCUACUCAAGUUUCUACAGUUGACGGUACUGAACCCCGUCUAUCACUGCGUGAUAUGGAUUGGUUACGUAAAGUUGCUGUUAUGCACAUCAGCCAUGUUGUCUCUCUAUCAUCUAUAUCGGUAUCUAGAGUCAAACCUUCCAUCUUUAUUAAGCCUAGUACUCUGGAGUUCUGCUACGACGGUAAAGAUGAUAACUAUGUUCUCUACGAUACCUUCAAUGAUGACGUUGAGAUCCAUCCCGAUCUUCCGUUAUCUAUUGGUUAUGGCUCUACUAUGUGUUUUGAUGCUAUCACUGACUCCUCUCUAGCCCCAGACCGCGAUCUACUUCCACCUUGGGAAGUUAUAUCUAGGGAAUGGAUCAGUGAUAAGAUUGCUCCACUAGGUCGUGUAUCUACUGAAGUACCAUGGCGAAGUCAAGACCGUCCUGGUUUCAACUUUCACUACGCGGCUAAACGUGGUCUAGCCUCUAUAGCUCGUCUAGAUUCUAAACAGCAAUCUAUGUUUGAGGAUGCCCUUUCACAACUUGUCGAUAGGGGUUUCUGUUCGAUUGUCUGUGAUCUACGGUCAACUGGUUUGAAGAAGCCAACUAGAGCUAUGUGUCAAGCAGCUUGGUCUACGUUGGUCAAGGGUACUGCCAAUGAGGGUUCUCCUGUUCCUCUGGCGGAACAUUACACUCCUUCACAUCUAGUGUAUCGCCAUCUACAUCCUACUACACCGUGUAGGGUGGUGUUCGACUUUAGAGACCUAAACCGCUUCUCUAAUCGUGGUGGCUAUCCUCAGAACUCUCUAGCCGGUUGCCUCCUUGCUAUUCGAUCCUAUGAGUAUUUCAUAGCUGGAGAUCUAUCUAAGGCAUUCUGUAGAAUGUCCUCUAGUAUUAAGGAUGUUCCAUAUGUUGGCUACACUUGUAUCGGACCAUACAUUGUUCUAUGGUCCCGUGUAGCCUUUGGCUCUACAGCAGCGCCUAAUCAACUUGACGCUUCUAUGGAAGAUGUGAUUAAUGAGAUCAAGGCAUUGUCCAAGCUGGCUUCUACAGUUGAAGCUCCGGUUACUCGUCUAUGUGAUAUUGAGCCUCAUUUGGUUGAGCGUUGUCUACUGAGAUCUAGCACUGAGGCCUUCUCCUAUCUACAGGGUUGUCCACCGGUCCCCAAGGAGAUCACACUGAUCAAGUUUGUCGAUGAUGUCUAUACCGGUGGAUCUAACAAGUCUAGAGUUACAUCAAGCUAUGACUUCAUUACCUAUAUCUCUAAUGGUCACGACUUCGUCAUUGAACCUAAGAAGCGUUUUAAUAGUUGGGAGCCCU